AUGCUGCUGGACUUGCAUUUUCCCGGACGAGUUGUCCUCGUAAUUGGAUGGCCGCGGAGUGGGCCCCCUCGACGACGACUGUACCGAAUACACAUCCGUAGCCACGUUGAAAUUGGAAAGCCUCCCAGUGUCGGAGUUUCCGAAAUUGGAAAGUCGCCCCCCCAUCCCCAUCAUGGAGUAGAAAUCCGAGUGAUCUCAGCUCCGGUGAGGUUCGACGGCCGGCCGGAGAAAGAGCGGCGAGAGGCAUUCGAUUUUCGAACCGUGACGUGCAGCUUCCCGUCAUCCCCAAUCUGCGUGUCCGUCUCCAGAAAGUCCUGCCCGUCUAAGGAGACGACGUCAGAGUCGACUUUAAAGGCGACGAUCGAAGCAGCGGUGUCCGGGAACUGGUCACAUAUGAGGGUUUUCGCGGCGCGAAACUCGAAGAGGAAGAGGAGGAGAGUGUACCAUAUAAUGCACUGGAGGACGACUACUUGGACCAUGAGGCUUCCGGAAUAUUCUCCGUACAUGGCUAUGAGGAGUGGGAUUCCCAUCACGAAUUGUGAUGGACCACUCGAGGCUUCCGGCGCGGCUGAGGUUGGCCCAGAGAGAGAGGACGGCGAGCAUGAUGAUUUUCUGGAGGGUGUCGGCGGCUAUGAAGCGGAAGUUCAUAGUGUAGAUGUUGUUUUGGGAGAUGAAGUGGAAGGAGAGGAGAGGGACGGCGAAGACGGCCACGAAGCGGUUGAUGCCGGAGCACUGGUCGGGAGUGAAGAUCUUCCACCAGCGGACGGAGCCGUACGCGAGAAUCAUGGCCACGUAGAGGGGGAUCACGGCUGUCAGGACGACGUACAGGUCGUGCCAGCUGCUGCUGCUACAGUUUUAGAGAGGCGGAGAUUUAAGUUAGUUUUAGAGAGAGAGAGAGAGAGGGGGGAAGAGGAUGUGAAUUGGAAGGAGACUGGACAGCUCGUUGUGGAACUCGUGCAAGCCUUGGAUGAAGGCCUUGCUCGUCAGCUUAACGGCGAUCCUCUGGCCGGAGAGGAGAAUUCCCCUGUAAACAGACCUGAAUUCGUCCUGCCCGAGGCGGUUGUCAGCGGCGAACGAGUCGGUGCCGCGGCGGAGGUGGGAGAAGGAGAGUCUCUGCGGCGGGAAGGGUCUCAGAUCUGUAGAAGACGACAGUUUGGGAUAAGAAGGCGAGGGUGA